AUGCUGUUCGUGGUUGAUCAUUGCAAUUAUUUCUUGGGCAUUCUAUUGAGUGCACUCAUUGCAAUCUGGCUUCGCCAAAUUAUUUUACCACCAUCAGAUUUUCCCAAAAGUAUUCCAACAAUCCCUUUCUAUGUCUGCUUCUUGCCAAUAAUUUUCAACUGGGACCAAAAAAGUAUUUAUGAGAAGCAUUUUCGCGAAAAAGUUGAAAAGUAUGGCGCAGUGAAAGUGUAUUUUGCAUCUAGGUGGAACAUUCUUGUCACUAAACCCGAAUACGUAAAGACAGUUAUAAGUCACAACGAUAUCUUCGAAAAAAGUGGAAAUCAAGAAAAAAUACCACAUGCUGUCAUCGCAGAAUAUUUGGGUGACAAUCUUAUUUCUGCUGGAAACGAAAAUUGGGCGAAAUAUCGUUCAUUGACAGAAGACAGUAUUAGAUUUCCAGACAUGAGCCCACUCGAGAAAAAUGUCGAACUUCUCCUACAAGAAAUAAGCAACUCUCUACCAGCUAAUAAAACCAUGAGAGUCAAUGAAAUAUUCCAGAAAUAUACCUUGUCUUGUGUGGGCGAUUGUAUUAUUGGUAGUGAUCUUAGGACGCCCUUGAACGGUGUGUCUAUACAAGAGAGAAUCAACUAUUUGAAAAAUCAAAUCUUCAAACCAUUGUUCAUGAAUUUCACCUUUCUCGACAAGCUUCCAAUUCCAAGUAGAAUCAGAGCCCGCAAUGCUGUCAGAGAAUUCAAAAAAUUAUUCUUUGACAAAAUUCUAGCAGAUAAGACUGUUGAAAACUCUAACAAAUUGGGCCCCUCAUUAGCAGAUGGAUUUGAGAAAAAAAUAAUCACAAAACAACAAUUUCAAGAUAAUGCUAUGAUAGCAAUGGUAGCUGGGCAUGAAAAUCCCCAGAUUUUAUUGACAACUGUCAUAUAUCUUCUUUCGAAACACCCUUCGAUCCAGGAUAAAUUGAGAUGCCUUCUCAAUCAGAACACCAAUUAUUCCGAAAAUCCAUUCUUGGAUGCAAUUGUAUAUGAAGCUUUGAGAUUGCUUCCUCCAAUUGCACAACUCAUCAAUAGAGUCACAAGACAGCGGGUUUUUUUGGGAAAGGAUCUUGUUAUUCCAAAAGGUGUUUAUAUCGGAAAUAAUUCUUUAUUUACCCAAAGAGACGAGAAGUAUUGGAAAGAUGCUGAUGAGUUUCGGCCGCAAAGAUGGGGAACGACUAAAGAAGAGAUCAACAAGAGAUUUAGAUUGGCACAGUCAAACUGUACAUUGACAGCGUUUCAUGGACGAAAAAGAUCUUGUCUCGGACAACUUUUCGCUUUGGCUGAGGUGAAGAUCGCUGUUGUUGCCAUUGUCAAAGUUUACAAAUUGAGCCUCGACCCAACUUGGAUCGAAAGAUUCACACCUUCAGGCCCAUUAGUCCCUGUUAAUCUCUCUGUGCAUUUCGAAGAAGUGCAAACUCAUGCUGAAUUGGAUUGA